AAAUAAGCCGCACCUUUCAUUCUUACCUUCAAGUUGCCCAUCAGUCAACCUUGCACCAUGGGAUUCGAUAUUCCUCCGUCAGCACUGGACUCUAUAUCAAGCGACUCGCGGAAAUGUAUUGAAAGGUUGAAAGCUCAUCAGUUAGAGAAGGUGGACAUUUCAGGUCGACCAAGUUCCAGACUCGCAGCAGUACUCGUGUUGCUCUAUGAGGAGUCUGGAAAACUGAGAGUACUCCUGACAACGCGAUCAAAAAGUCUACGGUCGCAUCCUGGGCAAACCGCACUUCCUGGUGGCAAAGUUGACGAUGUUGACGUCGACGUGAUUCAAGCUGCGUAUAGGGAAGCUAAUGAGGAAGUCGGACUACCUCUUGACUCGCCUCAUAUCCACACGGUUUGCCUCCUUCGCCCGUACACGUCUUCAAGUAGACUGCUAGUCACGCCCGUUGUCGCAUUGUUGACUGACACUUCUAUCCUUCGCAACCUAACGCGAUGUGAAGACGAAGUAGACCGAAUAUUUGAUCAUCCACUGGAAGCCAUGUUAGACCCAUCACUGGCUUCUGAGGAGCCGCUUGUAAAGAAAGGUAGUGAAGACUGGCUAUACAAGUCAGACUAUCAUAACUUCACCGACAUUCUAGUUCCAUGGAUAGGCAAUUCGGGGUACCGAAUGCAUCGCUUCCGUUCGUCUGCAAGUCCGAUAAAAGGACUUACUGCUGAAAUACUGAUUAUGACGGCGGCCAUAGCUUAUGAUAGGCUGCCCGUGUAUGAACACUAUGCACCUAAUCAACUCACGAAGUUCAAAGACAUCCUACGGUAUCUGGAUGCAGAACAUGCCCCAAAUCAGUCGGGCACGAGCACGCCGAUAGGGAUAUCUGCUCAUGAUCAAGUACUCACACAAUGACCUGAAGCAGUGCCGCAUCUCCGUAGCGUAACGCGCAGCAUCCGAUUCCCUACGCUUACAUCGCGCGCAGGCAGUAAUUUCUCCGCUAUAGAGUCCUCGUACUAUAAAUCACGUAGAAUUUCAAUCGUUCAAUACUGCGUACAUAGGAUUUUUCACUUAGAGCCAUGGGGAUCAACACGACUCACCGAACUUGGCUUGUUACGCAAAGAUGCUUACGAAAUCUAUUAUGAUUGAGGCGCGGCAUGCGCCAAUCCC